AUGGAGGAAGCACUGGAGAAAAAACUGGUGAUGAAGAGAUUCCUGCGAAAAAAUGAAAAGUUCCAAGAUGGAAGGGGCGCGAAAAAAAGGGCACACAGGAUAAGAAUGGCCCUGCUAAACAUGAGCGAAAAAGAAGAGAACUACUUUCUAACGGAUGUGUACCCCUUAAUCAAAAGUUACAUAAGUGAUUGCGUCCCCUGCUAUUACCGCAAUAGGAUGUACAUUUUUCGGAAAAAUAUACUUAACAUAUUCCAUUCCAUGAUAUAUAAAUUUAAAAAAAUAAAAUACAUCAUAGAGAUUUUUGACAUUUGUUUGAAUCUCAUCGUGAAGCAAAAUGAAGAAUACACAAUUAUCUGCAUAAGAAUAAUUACCGAAAUAUGCAAGUUACAUAAGAACGAUUUGAUUCUGUUCGACAUUUACAAAUAUGUGAAUGUUGUUUCUUUGCAUAUUUUGAAGGCCUUUUACAAGAGGCUACUUGGCAAGGUUAAAAGAGGGAAGUUUCUCAAGUCGGCAAUAAAUGUGUAUAGGAAAAGGCACAAAAAUGGUAGGUGUGUACGAAGCAGUGGGGACUCCCUAAAAGUAGUUAGAGAAAUAAUUUUCUCAAAUUAUGUUUUGAUGAACCUUUAUCCGCAUUUGUUAAAGAGUAAUGAAAAUUACGUAAAAAUUUUGUGCAAAAUUUUGUCCCUCAUUAACAUACGGGACUUUAAAUAUUCCAAGCCGUUCUACAUAGAAUAUAUUUACUGCUCAAGAGAUUUGAUUUGUAAAACGUCGUACAGUUACCAUUUUUGGGACACUCAUUUGUCCGUAGGGGAAAACUCUCUCGGGUGGAGCGAUCGUCGUGAGCGUGUUUCAUGUCCGCGUAAAUUCGAAAGGGUUUACAGCUAUUUGCUCGAGGAUAGGACCGCUUUGGAGAGGAAAUCCAUCAGGGGGAAUUCCCAAUUUUGCCAGAGGGGGGAUUCCCACGUGUGCAAUUUGGAUGAGAGUAACCCGCAGGAUAGCGUCCAAUUGCCUUGUGAAGUCGCACACGUCAACGAUUUGGGGGUGAAGAAAGGGAAGAAUCAUUCCAGCGAUGCCUACGAUGCUUGUACUGAUAAGACGCAGAAGGUCGAUGUGAGUAACAGCUCUGAGAAAAACUCCAGAAACCGCUGCGCUUGCAGUGCGCCCAUCGCUUCCCUCCCAAAUGAUAAUUACGCAGAAGAAUUUGGCGCCCCAUUUGGUGACACCCGCAGUGUGUUCUAUCGAAAUGAAUUCAAAACAGCGAAGAAGCAAUUUUACAAAAAUGUGAAUUACAACAAUUACGAGAUUGAUUUGUUGAAAUUGUCCGAACUGUGGAGCCUAAAAAAUAUGGUUGUGUAUAUGUUAAUCUAUUUUUUUAGGAUGGAAAAGAGUAAUAAAUAUUUUCAUCUUAAGGAAUUCCUCCUAGAAAAAAUUCUUCAAUUUUUGAAAUAUGACACAAAGCAUAGCAUAGAUGAGGGGAAAAUGUUCAUCGAACAUAUUCGGUUACUACUACACGACAGUUUUAAGGAAAAUAUGAAGCACUAUUUGGCCCUUUUUGUAAAUCCAAAUACGUACAGGAGCUAUUUAACGUAUAAAAAUAAUGGGCACUUAAAUGUACACGUGUUUAUCCUGAUACAUGAUAUUUUCCACUACUUUAAGGACCAACCUGUGUGGAAUUAUGAGGUGAUAAAGAGAUGCAUAUCUGCCUACUCCCUUGUCAUCAUAAGUAAGAAGAGCUUAAUCUUCAUUCAGAAUGUGUGUGUAAAGUUGCUAGUCUACAUCAUUGAAAUAUUGUUUGCAAUGAAGAAGAAAAGUGCGUCAUACUUUUCCCUCUAUUUUGACAUUAUAAAUAUUGUGCUGCACAAGAGCCAUUCGUUGAAGUGCGAAUUGUGCGGCCUCUACAGGAGGGUCCUUCGCGCGAGUAGGGCGGAUGUGAUUAGUGCAAAGGGGGGGACGAGCCAGGGAGGAGGCUCUCCUCUUCGCAAGAACGUCAAAUCGACGAAGAACAAAUUGUGCACAGAUAGAGAAAACGUGAAGUACGACUCGGACAAUCUGUGCAAAUUUGUUUUGUCGCGCAAAUACUUUCUGCAGAACUGGGUGAAAAAAGAGGAACAUUUGGAAAAACUUAAGGCGCCUGCUAAAUAUUGCAGUCGUAAAAAUGGAACCAAAAAGGGGAAGGCAGCAUUAAAGAGAGCUUUGCUUAAUGACUACUACAAGUUGGGGGGAACGCACGACCUAAGUGAACUCCUAAGGGAAUAUAAAUUUUUGCUGUAUGCCAUUUAUGACUGUGUAAGAAGCAACAUAUGUUAUAUUUAUUUGUAUUUUAGCAAGGAAGCCAUUAUUUGCAAGCUCGAUGCAGAGAAAAGGAGAAGAAGUAACAUUUCAGAGGAUCAAAGUUGUGACAGUUUAAAGGGGGGGUUAAACAGCAGGGGUGAAUAUGUGGGUAGUGAUUUGAAUGGAGGGGGCGACAUUUUGGGUAGCUUCACUGGGAAGGAAGCGGCAGUCAAUGUGGAUAGCGCUACUGUGGGCGGUGUAAACGGUAAGAAUGCUAAAAAACCCGCAAGUAACAGGAAGAGGAUUAAAAAGAGCAGUAGCAUAAGUAGGCGGAGGCGCCCCAGUUGCCAGAAAAUCCCCAACCGAAGUGUAAUCAAUGGAGAAUCCAUUAAUGAAGUAAAAAAUGGUAACUCUAAUGGGAGCUUCACCUUUCAAACAAGUAGUGAUAAUAUUGCUUCCAAUUUGGGGAGCAAAGUGAAGAAUGCAUUUGGGCAAUCGCUCAGCAUAGGUGAGUAUACCCGUAGGGCGGAAAAUGGGAAAUUAGCAGCUUCCAAAAAUUGGGCUGCUUCUUUCAACAAGACGCCCUUAAAUGUGAGCGGCACCCAACAUGAAGGAAGUAAGUGUAUAGCUCUGAACUACCUGGGGAAUAACGAUGACCUCCUUAUUAGUAAUCAUAACUGCAUUGUGAGUAGUGGCGACAUGAUUGGUGAAAUAAAUGGAAGGGCCGAAUUGGCGUGUGCUGUGAAGGAUAGCUAUCCUUGUACCUACACAGUUGAAAAGGAUUUGCACAGUUAUAUGAAUAAGUAUAAUAGAAAAAAUGAGAGCAAACUGAAUGGCCUUAUAUACGGCGACACUGUGGAAAAGGGAAACACUUCGCAGUUUUUCUCGAAUAGGCAUAGCAAUCCAAAUGGGAAAGGAAUCGUUAAGGGGGCGCAUUGCGAGUCUGUGAAGGAAACACUUUGGAGUACGGAGGGAGACAUUUUUGACGAGAAAGGGAAGAACGUAAAAAGUCAAUGCGUCAUCCAAAAUGGCGUUAUAGAAAAUGGGGAUAAUCACAAUGGGAAGGUUGCCAAGAAUGACAACCAGGGAGACGUCUACCGAAUGGGUAAGCUCCAACGGAAAGGCUCAGAGAAGGUUUCCCCCAAUGAAGCCCCCGUUUAUGACACCUUCGAAGAGAUGUACGAUAUUUCCAAUUUUGACGUGACCCACGCGCAGAGCGUUUUCUUAAAAUCCUACGAACUGAGUGAAGCUUGGGUGAAGAUAAUACACAAAAUAUUUUACCGCAUGGUGGUAUGCUGCAUAUUGUUCACUUCCUGCUUUUCGCACAUUACGGUUGAAAAAUUGGGAGUAAGAAGUGGAGCUCUAAGGGGGGUUGUCAGAAAGAAGAAAAAUAACGGUGGAUCGGAUGAUCGGGGCGACGUUUCUGAGGAGGACUUCCCCAAAGGGGACACGUGGCUAAAUAGAACAUGGCGGCCGUACGUCCACAUCAACGUGCAUAGCUUGUCAAAGGGGGGUAGAAGAAAAGUGUUCGACUGCAUCAGUUGCAUAAAGAAUGAAGAGAAGAAUUUGCUGUACAUGUGCGCGAACAGCAUAAUUUCGCUAAGUGGGAAUGACUUCCAAGUUUUUAUGAAUUAUUCCAUCGAGCCCUUAUUCAAACUCCUGUUUCAGUACCCGCAGAUAUUUUACAUUUUCCAAGUGCUCGGUGCAGUGAGCAGCACGAGCGUUUUGUUUUGUAAAGUUUGUUUUGGUUAUAUAAUUAAGAAGAUGAAAAAGUUGCCAAGGGUGAAGAAUGGCCUCAAACCGCUUCUUCAUUUCAGCAAGAGUGUUAGAAGUAGGUUGACGGUAGAUCUGUACAAGUGCAAACUUUUGUACAAGCUGAAUUCGCCUUAUGAUUGUUUGCUGGAGCGAAGCCAUUGUGACGGUUUCCAGGUGGGCAACGUAUGUGCACAUAAUUCGCCCCUGAGUAGGGGGAAAAAUGGGCCGCAUGGUGAGAGUGCCAAAAAUGGAAGUGGUGCACUAGCGAAGGGGAAGAGGAAUAAACGGUAUAGUGCAUUACGCACACUUGGAAUGCAGGUGGAUUACUUCGAUUUUUCCCUCUUAGAAGAAUACGAAAAUGGAAGCCGUGGCGAGGGCAUUUCUGAAUUGAACGAUGUGAAGUCCGUUCUCCUGAAGGAUGCAAAUUAUUUUAGAGAAUUAACAUCCCCCAAUGAUGUGCAGAUAUUUCCAGAGUUGAGUAACGGCACCGUCAGCGCGAUGAAGGUAGAGAAAUUAUCUGACCAGAAGUGGAAAAAAAAGAAGCGCUACUUUCUUCAUGAGGUGGAAGAACGGGACGUGGUAAACCCCGCCAACUUUGUUUCACCGCAAGUUUUGAAGUUCGCAAAGGGGAAGAGAAGGAAGAGGGAAGCAGCAGAAAGAUAUGCCACUUGUGCUAACAGUGCAAAGGGUAUAGUUUUGAAUAGACCCAUUUUAGAAAAUUCCAUGUCGCAGGGAGGUCAGCAGAGGAAUUAUACACCCAUCAGGAGUAGGUCCCUUCCGGGUAAUUGUACACUCGGGAGGGGUGUUCCGCACGAUUGGCAAUUUUCCCAAGGAAUUUCUCCAAAGAAGGGGGGAAGUAAAACGGCAAAGAAGAAAAAGAGAAGGCUGUGUGACACCUUUGUAAGGACUAAGAAUUACGUAAUGGGCUACAAUUCAUUCUCCAUGAAUAACACCUUCAACAGCUAUAUGUCGCAUAAGGACCUAAUCAUUAAGGUGACCCACUUUCUUUUGAAGGUGAUAAAAUACUACUCACAUUGUUAUGACCAAUUUUUGGGUGAACUAAGAACCAUUUCGGAGAUUUGUAUGGAUCUAAUUUUAAAAGAUAGCAAGUGCAUUCAAGUGGUCAAUUUGGUGAAAUGCCUUCUGGAGACCAUCUGUUUUGUAAAAUGCGCCAACGAGUUGAGCGGAGACGGGGAGAACAAAACUGGAGUGAAUUUCCCACUGGAUAAGAUGCUUUUUCGGGACCAUUCAACCUUUACGAAGUGCAUGAAGUGUUUGAAGUGUAUGCAGUAUAUCAGUGCGAGUGGCGAGGCAAAUGGAGGGGGGAGCAAAUGUGGAGGUGAUGUUGGAAGCGCUUUGGGGAUUGUAAUCGGAAGUGGCGGCAUAAUGGAGGACUUUUUGAAGAAGGAGAACUCAGUGCAAGGCGUCUCCGAUGAGGGAAACUGCCUUCUCGGUGAGAAGGAGAAUAAGGAUGCGUGUGGGAUUGCCUUCGAAAAGGAGCACGCGGGUGGCGGGGAAGUUAGCGGCAAGGAAGAAGCACCCCCCAACGGAGAAGUGAGCGUCAAGAGCGAAGUCACCCACAGUAACGGCGAAGUUAGCGGCAAGGAAGAAGCCAUCCGCAGUAACGGCGAAAUUAGCGGCAAGAACGAAGCCACCCGCAGUAACGGCGGAGGCAAUCGUGAGGCGUGCCACGAUGCCCCCGGGCAGGCGAGGAAAGCUAAGUCAAACGGAGAUGGUGCUAAUAAGGCAAACGGGGAUAGUGCUAAUAAAGCGAACGAAAUAAUUGCGAACGUCCUAAGUUGGUUCGAAAGUGUGUACCUGGAUUUCCCCAAGUUGUACAAAAUGGUGCUGUGCGAAAUGUGCCUGCAGCUCCCCAUCAGUUAUUUCACAAACGAGCGGUUUCACCUCUACAUGAAGUCCUUGCUAGUCUGUUUGGGCUCCAAAAAUAUCAACAGAAUAAGAGUUGCGCUGAAGUCCAUGGAAGAAAAUAUAUGCAUGGCGAAUAACAGGCACAUUAGGGGAAGCAUUUCCUCGUCCUUUUAUUUUAAGAACAAAGAUGGAACCACGUCGUGCAUACUCACCCAUUUGAUGAAAUUCUUGAGAAAAAAAAUUUCCUUCCAGUUUAACUUUAACACAAUUUACGAGCAGAGGUACUAUUUGAACGAUCUGUGUAGGAACCCCGCAGAUGUUACCCUCCUCCAAAUGGGUGUCAUCUACACCCAGAAGGUUCUCUCACAGGGGGAUGUAAAUAAAUACAUGAGCAAAGUGUAUAUGGAGAAUUUAUUUGUCAUUUUAAAAUUGUAUUGCAAAUUUUGUGACGAUAAUGAACUAAUGAAUAAUUACUACCCCCGUGUGAAUAGCAAGAGGAGCGUAAUAUCCCAUUUCAGGGUAGGUUUUUUUUUGAAGAGGCAGAUAAAGCAGUACAGCAGGAAGAGGUGCAUUCAAGAUGUGCAGGGUGACACCAAAGGGGGGAAGCUCCUAAUGAUUAAAAAUGAAAGGGCAUUAAAUGGUGGACCCACUUCCAUUGCUAAGAAGCAGCUUGUAGGGAUGAAUGAUUACCCCCCGCUGAAUGGCAAGAAAUCCUCCUCCUGUGACAUCAGCAAUUUUAGCAGUGGUUGCAGUAUCUCGGAUAGGAACAAAAGGAGGAGGAAAAACUUCCCACAGGAGAGUGAAGAUAAAUGCGAAGGGGGUAGCACCGAAAUGUUAAUUUCGAAGGAGGGAGAGGGUCUUGCUGAGAACAAAAGUGUCGAAGCGAAUGGGUUAAGAAGGGGCAGUAGAAGAUCCACAUGUAGAAGAAAAACGAGCAGCGUAGUGAACGCAGUAGAGGAAGAGAGCAAAUGCAGUGAUACGCAAAAUGGGCCACCCCCAAUUUGUAAUGAGAACAUCAUUAAAGAGAUUAGAAGUAAUAACGCGGGGCAUAACAAAAAAAACAACUCUGCGCAGAAGGGUAGCACAGCAAAUGUGGGCGUUGGAAUGGUGAACGAAAAGGAUGAAGCAGAUCGAGUUAACGCCAACUUCGUGAAGUUGCUCAUGAGUGGUAACAACUUCGACAGUAUUAUACAACACAUCGAUUUGGAAGAGACGCUGAAUUAUUGCUACAAAGUUUUGAAGAAUAACGUGAAGAGCAACAAUGCGAAGUGCUUAUACUAUUAUAAGCAGCCGAUGAUAAAUGCGAACAUGCGAAGCAAGCUUUGUGUGAGGAAGAAAGCUAACAUUUGUGUUAGGAAAAAAAGGAAGAGAGAAAAAUUCGGCCUCUUCAAUUUUCACGAGUUAGCAAAUCUGAGGAAGAGAAAAAUGAGCGAGCAGAAUGAAGUCGCCACAUAUGAAGGAUCUAACAAGAAACUGAGGGGGUACAGUUCGCCAAGCGGGAGGAACGACAAAUUGGCACAUUCGAAAUGCAGCAGUGGAAAGGAUCAUUUGGGCGUCAUUGCCGAGGUGGAGCAACCCAUUUUUAAAGCCACCAAGGAGAGGGGUGCACUACAGGAGGGUGCACUACGGAGCAGUUUGACGCGCAAAAUGGAGGACAUUCCCCAUGGAGGUGCAAAUUGCACCAAAGAAAAAGGCACCCGUUUUGCUAGCAGAAAGAAGCUAUUCUUCACACGCAACAGAAGUUUCAAGGCGUAUAAACGAUUUAUCGACAACGGGGAGACGAACUAUUUUGACCGAAGCGACCUGUGCUAUCACUGCACUUUGAAGGACCAGCGAAUAAGCUGCUACCGGGUAGUGCUUACCAUUUUUAUUUUCAUUUUUGAUCACUCAAAAUGUAUUUCGGAUUUUUACCAGUAUAUGAUUAGAGUUGGUUCUCAAAAUGGAGAGUUUAAGAAGGGCGCCAGGAAUGCCCCCGUUAAUGAUAGCACCCAGAAUGGGGUAGCUUCACUCACAGCGGGUAGGGUUAAUCAGAAUGGCGGCACAGUUGAUAAAAAGCGGAAAGGAUCUCUUAAAUGUUUUAACACCACUGUGGGAGAUGAACAAUCCGCCGCGAACAAUGUGAAGAAGGAAUGUAGAGCCCCGAAUGAGCAUAACCCCGCACUGAAGGGAAAAGUGAAUAAUGCGCGUCGAAGCAAAGGGAAGAAUAAGAUCUGUUUCGAAACGUGCAAAUGUAGGAAGCAUUUGCACAAGUAUUCCUUCAUCUACAACGAUAGCAACAACGUGUUUGUGAAAAAAUUGAUGUACUGUUUUUUAGUCAUGUUAGUGGAAAUAAAUGAGGGAGGAAAAAGUGACGACAGUGGGAUGGACGCAGAGGGGGGAAAUGCGAAAGUACACCAAAAGGUUCAAAGCAACUGCCGAAUGACAUGCGGUAACGAAACGUGGAAGGCCAAAUUGAAAGAAAUAGUCAAAAACGUGGUUAGAAGAAUUGGGCUGAUACUUUCGAGCAGAUUUGUUCUGACAAAAAGGGAGAAAUUCAUCUACGUAGGGAGCCACAACAAUGAGAUUGACGUGUCAUCGUUCAUAUUUACCUUCUGCAGCUUAGUCGAUUACCACCCGCGUUUCUUACAGAUGAGCAGGGAGGGAUUGAAUUUCAUAGAAAAGGUUUUAAAAACUAUGUUAAAUGUGCAACCAGUGAAGAUAAAGGCAGGCAUGAAGUGCACCUUCUUUUUUAAUUUAUGCGCCUGUAUUUGUAACCUGUGUAAUGCCACCAAAGUGAAGAAAAAAAUUUUCGGAUUGUUACUACUGUUGAGAGUAAGCCGAAUUUUGCCGCCCUACUGGAUCAGAUUUAACGUUUACAAUAUUGUACGGGCAUUGCUCGCAUGCCAUGAAAGGUCCCAAUUAAAAUACGUGGGAAUUGUGCAGUUGUUAGUAGAGGAAUGUUUUGCGCUAAUCAUUUCGUCAUUAUUUACAGGCUACAUAGGUGAAAUUAACACGUACAUUUUGAAUAACUUCCGGGGCGUAGAUAAUACCUUUGUGAAUGACAUAAGAAAUUUAUGCGCUGUAAAUCAGAAAGUGAAUGAAGCGACUCUCAGGGAUGUUGAGCGCAUUAGGGGCAAUGCACUUGGUAAAAUAAGAAGCAGUGUGGAAAUUAUCAGAUCAUUUUGGGGCCUAAGUAAUAAAGAAGUGUACUGUGUUGACGAUUAUAAUGAAGAGCAUGCCAAACACGUGAGGAACAAACGACGUUGUAGAGGCAACCCCUUUUGGUAUAGGCAUGACGAAGUGUACACGUGGGAUAUCCUAUCGUCAAAGGGGAAAAAUAGGAGAAGUGAAAAUGAGGUGAAAAAGAUGAAUAAGAUUCUGGUGAAUAUACUAAAAAUACUUAUAUACAAUUUAAGCAAAAAAGAACACGACAGACAUUUUAUAAAAAGGGCAUUCAUUAUUAUCUCUAAAUUGUUGAGAACAGAUACACGGGAAUUGCUAACUUAUAAGUAUUCCCCCACGAGGAAUUUAUGCCUGCUGGAUCUUUUUAUGAAGCAUUUUUCCAUAUCGAAUUUUGCCAAGUCAUCGUUGAAGCGUAAAAUUUCGUACCUCGAUUUUUACUGUUUUUUUUUAACACAAAAACCGUACAUCAAAUUUGACUUCCACGUGGUCAUAAAUUUGAUAGAAACGGUUGUGAACAUUAUAGAGUAUCUGGAAAAAAGGGACGAGGAGAACCGGAUUUUUAACUACAUUUUGAAUGGCAAUGUGCCUCGUUCGUGUUCAAAGGAAGGUGGAAGUGGGGAUCUUUAUGAGCGAACAAAUCUGAGCUUCCUUUAUGAGAAGAGGCCCAGCCACGGCGCGGACCACUCGCACCACGCGCAUCGCGCGCAUUACGAGUGGAAGAGUCAGAACAAGGCUCACCUGGGGGAGAACGACGGGGAGGUGUACCAUUUGGGCGCAAACAACGGUUAUGCUAACCAUUCAGUUGUAGGCAAGAACUGGCAGGCGCCCUCUUCUAAUCAAAAUGGGGGGGAGGGCGAAAAUGCUGUCAAUAGUAAGAACCUGAAUGAUGAGGUAAUUAUUCUGCAAAGCACCGUGCCGAAUGGUUACAGCAGCCAGCUGAACAGCCAGAAAAAUAAGGACCUACAAAAUUUGUAUGAAAAAAUUAAGAAAAAAAAUAGAGACUACUCCGUUUUGUAUAGUAAGGAUUACGCCACCAAAUUGGAUAAAAACAAUGAAGAGCAGAGCAAAGAUGUAACCAUUGACGAUUUAGCCAAUAAGUGGGCAAAUCACACGGACAACAUUUCUAGGCGCUUUAAGGUCUACGCGGAUGAUAAAAAUAAGGAGCAUUUCAAUGGAAUGAAUAAGCAGGUGCACUGUGAAGAGGCAACGAGGAGGAAAUCCUCCAACUCGUAUCAUUCCAUUUAUUUUAACAGCAAACUGACGGUGCUUGAUAAUGACAAGGGUGUUCUCGCAAAACGUUGUAGUCUACAUGGGAAUGAUGAAUUGAACCCGCAAAGUAAAGAUGUGUUGGGUAAGCAGCUAGAAGGUUAUAACUGCCAAGUGGGUGCGAACGACGUUGUGGAGAUUGAGUCCGAACGAGGGGAAAGCCUUUACGUAGAUCAAAGCGGUAAGGGAAAAAACGGAAGCGCCCUUGUGAGGGGCACGAUAAAAUACGGAGUUUCACGCGGCAGCACGGGGGGUCUUGCUGUCAGUUUGGGUAACGCCAAAAUGGAGGAGGGGGGGGUACCGGAAAAGAGGCCCAUGGAUAGUGGUAGCAACCCCAAUAACGGAGGCAGCAAUAAUCUCCUAGAAGAGGAGGAACAGAAGCGUAAAAACUGCGUGAUGCGCAACAGUACCUCGAGUUACAUUUCCGCCAAUCUUGCGAAGUUCAAACUGGAAAAUUCGGCAAAUGCGAAUAGCAGUUUUAAGGAUGCGAAAAAUAAUUUGGUUCAAAAAAACGAAAGUUUGUUAAGAAGUCAUAUGAAAAGUUUAAACGGACCCAACAGGAAUGCUGCAGGUGGUGGUGGAAAGACGUGGAGUGGCAAUGCGAAGGGUGGUCAUGCUAACUGCUAUCAGGAUUUCUAUUUCAAUAGCAAAGAAAGGGAGGAGGAGAAGGACGGGAGCGCGUCGGUCCGUGAGAAUGUCAUAGUGGUGCCCGACGUCAGCGCGGAUUCGGUUCCCAGUAAGGAUAAGAAGGAGAAGCUUGGGAAAGAAUUUACUAAGGAGCAGUUUUCGCAGGAUCAUUGCGCGAAGGGGGAUUUCGCGCGUGCGAACAUGGCAAAUGGGCACAUUCCAAAUGGGCACGCUCCAAAUGGGCACACUCCAAAUCAGCACACUCCAAAUCAGCACCCUGCGAGUGAAUCCCUCGCGAAGGAGCAACUGGCGAAGCAGCAACUCCUAAAGGAAGAGUACAAAACGGUUAUCGAGUUCUUUCUGUAUUUCAUGACCUUCGUGAGGAUUUCCUUCAGCCACCAGCUAUACAAAUAUUUGCUGCCCACCAUGAAUGCCCAAAUAAAUAAAAGGAGCGUGUACCUGUACAAUCGGUGCAUUCACAUUUUAGUGAAUUUUUUGUUCAGCAAAGAUAAGGAGCUAUGUGUUAAGGCAGAAAGCACUCUGCGAUUUUUGAUUGUCGCUAAUGAGCACGAUAGGGACUCGGGGCUGAACGACUACGCGGUGAAGAAUUAUCCGAGGAGUGGCAACAGUGUGGAUAAAAUUGCGGGGAGAAAUGGAGGCCGAUUUAGCUGCACCAAAAUUAUGAAUAUGAACAAGAAUUUUACAAACGUAUGGAAAUUAAAUAAAAUCGAUUUGAAAUUAUACCUUAAGUCGAUUCUGUGCAAUUUGUCAUAUGCCCUACGAAAUAACGGUUUCGUUUUGAAGAAAAAUUUUAUUAUUGGUCUUAGCAAAAUAUAUUCUUUUUUUCCCCAGUUGUUUUCUCUUCAUUUGACAGACGGAUUUGUUCAGUAUGUAAGAUUUUGGAAUGACAAAUGUGGGGAGGAUAAAUUUGUGCACAAGAAUGUUGAAAAGGUGAUGGAAGUUUUUUGCAGUUUUUUCACCAGCUCUAGGUUGACGUACGACCAGUUUAAGGAAAUUAUCGAUUUGCUGUUUGGUAUAUUUAAGCGCGCGCAGAAAGGGAGUUCGACUUGUUUGCCCCAUUUGGGUGAGGUAAACGGGUUGGCGGACAGUGGCAAACGGGGCAGCGGUGCGUCGAGCAUUCCUAACGCCGCCGCGGGAGUGAAUCCGGUUGGUCAUUCCGCAGACGUAGGGGUGAAUAAAAAUGCAGCAGUGAGUGCAACUGCAAUUGUGAAUAAUGGGAGUCCCCCUGUGGGGAAGGGCAAGAACGAAUGUGGCGCAAGUGCCCCUGGCGUGGAGGUGCUCGGGCGAGGGAACAACACAGGCAUUAGUAAUGUAGGGAUUAGCAGCGUAGGCAUUACCAAUAUCGGCACUAACAAUAUCGGCAGUGGCACAAUUUUUUCGAACGAAAAAAAACUGCUUGAAUAUUUCAUAACCAAUUGCAGCAACAGUGAGAACAGCGAAGUGAACACCCUCUGCAUGCGCGCGCUAAGUUUGCUCUGCGCCAACAACCACGAACACGCGCUGAAGUACUUUGUCCAGCAGAGGCAUAACCAGAAGGUGUUUUCCCGCUUUGUUUCCACGCUAAGGGUUGAAAACCAAGUGGGGUUUAGAAGAUACAUUUGUAAGAAAAUUCCCGCCCUUGUUAACAUCCUGUUAAGAUUUAUUUGCGACUUUAAAGCGAAUGGCUUUUUAAUGCAUGUGUUUAGCGUGUACCUUUUUAGUGUGAACGAUGGGGAGUUACGGGAGGUAAUUUCGUACGAUUGCUCGAGGAUGAAGGAAUAUGCGGAGAGAAAUGUUAACAAUAAUUUGAAGGAAGAUACGUCCCCCCAUUUGAAGAGGAACGAACGCAUUGGGGAAGGAACAAAUGGAGGCGCCCAAAGUGGGAAGUGCAACCAAGGAUGUGAGUUAAGGGGCAUCCCAAUUAUGAACGUGAGUAAUUUUGUUGCCAACCUUUUCAGCGUAAUAAACGUUCUACAUGCGGUACUGUUGUAUGAACCGUCGUGGAUCUUUCUCAAUUUUUACGAGGACAGAGUUAGGAAGAAUAGAACGAGCCUAAUCGAGGUGUUGUACUUGUGCUUGAUCCAUCUGAUUAGUCAGUAUUUAUCUUCGGAGGACGCUCAUUUUUUAGCCUUUUUACGGAGCAGAGAGUGCAAAAAGUGCGUAAAAAUUUUGAUCCUGUUUUUUCACUUUUCGCGUGAUUUGCUCAGGUGCGUAGUGUUGGACUGUUUUCCGCAGCAGAAUUGUGCAGCAGUUAGCAGAGGGCGUAAAAUGUUAGUGCCUAGGAAGAGCGGCAGGAAGGACGACAUGCUAUACGACAGUAUGAAGUAUAAUGGUUACCUGUUUUUUCUGAGAACCAAUUUGCUCAUCAUACUGGCGUUUAUUGCAUGUACAAAUGGGGAUGAAGAUUACAGCUAUUUGCACAGUUUUUUUAAAAGGUGUACAAAGAAAGGAUUGCGAUUUAGGGAAAAGCGAUUUUUGUUUUUUACAGUUGUGCGCAUUUUGCAUAAUUUUAACGCGCCAAUUUUGAGCCAAUUUUUUGAGACCGCCCUACGGUUUUUUAUCGUGCCUAUAUUGAGGGAGUAUAUUAAGAGAGUCGAAAAGGUGAAGCACAUCACUUUUGCGGAGGAGAAAUGUGGGCCAAAGUGCAGUACCCAUGAGAAAGAAAUAAUCAGUGGAAUGCAGCGCCAUGGAAUGGUCAUGAGUGUACACGCGAAGUUGUUCUCCCAAGCGGACACGAAUCAGAUUGGUCGAAAUGAGAAAAGCAAUUCGCUGAAAAUAGAUAACAGCUGUAGGAGUAAUUUGUUUAACGCUAACUCGUACGGGAAAGCAAGUGGCGGCGCUUCUACAACUGGCAAUAAUGUCAAGAUAGGCAACAAUUACGAUUACGCGGGGGAGGCAGGCUUUUGGAGAGAUCAAAAUGGGGUGAGCGGCGCGAAUAACAACGCGUAUGUUAACCUGGCGAGGAAUAACAUCUGCGCAUCGGCGUUCAUUAGGAAUUCACAGAACUGCACGUUUGUGCAUAAUUUAAAUGACAACAGUUGUUCUGGCAGCGCGAAUAAUGACUACUCUUUGUUCUAUAUGUCCAUUCAUGGGGAUAGGAGAAGCGUGCAGCUUUAUCCUUUUUACAACCACAGUUUGUUUUUUAGCAUAAAUGAAAUUUUCUACGCGUUGAAGGCGCUGCUAGGAGGGGGAGCCCAUUCGAAAGAAGUUAUCCUGCAAAAGUUGGCCAUAAGCAGAAUGGUUGUAGAUCUGGUCAGAAGGGUAAAAUGCGAGGAAAGCAAAAUGAUCAUGCUGAGCUAUGUAAGAAGGUUUAACAGUGAGUGUGUGAAUUUCCCGUGCGAUGAUGUGAAGCAGUUAAGCAUUCGCAACAUUAUCAACGUGUGUAGGUAUAGCUGUGAUGGCGCAUUGACCGAUUUGAGGGCCAUUUACCCGCAGUUGCUUCAUUGCUAUAAGAAUGAAGAAAACGAUUUAAUGAAAUUAAAUUUACAGGAGCUAGCAAAGGUAGUCGCCCUGAGGAGAGAACAACAUGGGAAGUAUUCCAGCAAGGGGAAUGUUCUACUUCGCAAAAUGAAAAGAAGUCACUUGCAUUGCUAUUACUGCAAGGUUUGUAGUGGAAAGGGGGUGGUGGAGGAUAAUAGGAAACGGAGCUGCGCUUUUUACCCCCAUGGGAAUAGUUUCCAUAGCGAAGUGGUCAAAAUCACACAGAAUAGCAACUACUUGUUCUGCAAAAAUGGCCUUAUAAAAAACUGCUGCUUAUCCAACCCUAGAGGGGUCAUUCUGAGCCAUUUUAAGAAGGACAAAACUGUGUUUAAUAAAAUGCACAUUUUAGAAGUUGCACUGGCGCACAAGUACGAUUUUUUUAAUGUAUACCCCUAUGUGAUAGCCUCGAUUUUUAAGAAUUUCGAAAAAAUGAGCAGCCGCGUAUGCAUUAAUGGGAAGAGGAAAUCCCUUUUGAUUCGCGCGUUGAGUGUUGCACUGGCGUUUAUAAAGUUCAGUAUUUUUUGCAACUCCGUUCAUGAGCUGUUCUGUUUGGUAAAUGAUGAAGUCGUUCUCAGGGGAAGGGAUACCUUAGGAAGGCACGACAUGGAGGAGCGGAACGAACGGGGAGCACCUGGAAAGAAUACACCAAAUGGAAAAAGCGACCCUCGUGCAUUACGCGAAUUGCGAACUAAAGGAAAGGUCCCCAGCGCAGAACAGGAGAAGCAUGAAGUGAUCGCGCAAAACGUGAACGCUGGGCAAAAAUCGAGAAACCGAAAGAGAGACGUUAUCACUCAGCGGGACAGUGGAUGCAUUUCUGCACACCCAGGGGAGGAGAACAAACAAAUUGGUAAUCGCAACGGGGCUGUAGUUCUGCAGGGGGGUUCAAUCCCAAAGAACAAAUCUGCCGCAAAACUGACCAAGCUGAUGAAAACCAUGUUAAAUUAUUAUGUAAAAACCGGAAAGGAUGACGAGAAAAGGCAGCUCUUCCUCAUCGGCCUUGUGAACGUAGUUAAGAAGUACAAUCGGAUAUACGUUAACUACGGCAUAUUAAACGCCCUGACAAAUUUGAUCAUUUCGAGCCUGUUGCAAUAUGGAAACGAUUUGCAAAGAGCCAACAUGACGAAUAAAAUUUUGAGCAUCCUUGAAAAUAUACUGAGAAUUAAAAAUAAUGUAAAAAUAAAAUAUGUAGAUGUGUACAAAACGCUCAUGUGCUUUUAUUCUAUAAAAUGCACUACUAAGGAGUAUAUGAGGAGGAGGAAAGGAAAGGGUGGAAAUAACCCCCCCCAACUGUGUGAUGGUGGCAUGUUGCAAAAUUUACUUCACAAUAUUAUUACUUUGGAAAUGCACAGUAUGCGAAGCGGAAAUGGCGAAGUACCCGUGCGUAGCUUUAGUGGGUGGUCCAGUCAUUCCAACGAGGGAGCAGUUGCAAAUGAGCACGGUGAUGGGAUGGCAGAUCAGGUAAAUGCCCUUUCGUGCACGAACGAAAGGACAUACAGUUUUACGAACAAUUCUGAGGGGAAGGAAUCCUUUAAUGGAUUUUUAAACAAGGAAAAAUUGCCCAGUGGCAGUUUUGCGGAUGAUACCUUCAGCAGAAAUGGAAGGAGUUCCAGUGCGCAAGAUGGGCAAACGGGUUACUUAAGGGAAGAGAGCCUAAGCGGUGCCCCUAACGUUUCCAAUGGGAUGGAUAAGGAAGGAAGGGAUACUGCUGACAAGUCGCAAAUGGUUAGCGCUUUGAAGAAUGCUCUGCUGAAUGAGAUGGGAAUAAGUGAUGAGAGAAAAAUGCACACGCUGAAUGGGGACUUUUCCAGUGAGGAGAAGCGUGCAGAACAAAUUAGCAACGCGUACGAAAUGAUAAAUAAGGGAUAUGGCAUGAACGUGGUGAAGACCAUUUAUAGGAUUUUAAAAGUGUUGAUGAGGUAUGCGAAUAGGAAAAGCAUUUGCAAAAGUUUGCACAUUUUAAGUUGCAUCUUUUACUUAUUACUCAAUUUUGACAACAAGAGGGUGGAAAGGGCCACCUUAUUACUAAUACACCACAUCGUAAUAACGCACAGUUUGUUCGUGGACAAUUUGGGCAGCAUAAUCGGUGGAAGUAUCUCCCAGGGGGGGGAAAAUGGCGAUUCGGGUGAAUCUAGCCAGACGGGUGUUAAUCAGGGAAAAGAUGACACGAAGAAAGAGCCGCAUUUCAUGUUCAAUAUUCAGUUUGAAAGGGAACAAAGUGUCGCCAGCAAAAUUGAAUUUUUGCAUGAAAUGUUGGUUAACCUAUGCCUUGGGGGUAUGGACGUGUAUAGGAAGAACAACAGGGCGUAUUAUAUGGAUAACACGCUGUGUGUAGAGGCAAAAUUAGAAACGAGCCUAAACGUGUUUGCUCUGUUCUGCCAGAUUUAUGAUAGAACUGGAGAAAAUCAAUACGCACAGUUGAUUAGGUUUCUCAUUUUGGAAUACCUAAAAAGGCUGAGGUGCAUCGCUUCAUACUGUUUGAGGAAGGGGGGAAGAAUGGCUACCCUGAAGCAGUUGCUUUUUUUGAUAAACACGAAUCUGCAUUUGGUGCAUAAGAAGGAGGCCAUACACUGCUUGGAAACCAUGCAGGCGUUACUUCUGUUGGAGUGCAAAAGUGGUGCCAAUUUUCAUUUGUUCAUUUUGAAUAUGAGUGAUUACCAUUUAGCGGAUGUGCCCAAACCUGUGGAAGGACCGAUGGAAGGUUUUUCCGCAGAUGUGAUGUCCGACCGUUCUACUUGCCCAUCACCCAUUGAGGAUGAAGGGAAGGAGCGCAAAAUUAGGAAAAAGGCGCAAGUGGAAGAAAUAAUAAACGAACUGGGUGACAAAAGGGUUAGUAGUUUUCAGAUCAGCCACUACAUCAGGUAUGUAAAUAGCGUGCAGGGUGAGGCAGGCGCAUGUAAUUAUAUGCACAAUUAUAGGGUAGCGAGGAGGUACUUUCUUUCCAAGGAUAGGAUAAUAUACGAAAGGAGAAGAAAAAACUGCUUGAGGGGCAAAAUCAGUCGUGAGAAAAUGAACCAUAGGCAGGCGACGAACGAUUUGUAUGCACGUUUGUUCUGUAGGGGGGGCGGUAACAAUUGCGCGGGGGGCACCCACGUGAGCGGAAGUGUGCAGGUAGGAGGUGUUCAAGGGGGGGGUAAAAAUGGUGUGAAAAAUGGUGCGAAAAAUGGUGAGAAAAAGGGUGCGAAUAAUGGUGCGAAAAAGGGUGCGAAUAAUGGUGCGAAAAAUGGAGCAAACAAUGGUGAUACAAAUGGCGGAGAAAAUGAUGGCAGAACGGCGGCUGCAAACGAUGUUGCCAAACCGCAUAUCAGGGGAGCCACAAAACUGAGGAAGGAAAAGAGAAGAAAACGAUUUUACAAAAGAUUGAAAUGCUAUGAUGAGAUCUUUGAGGCGUCCACCAUUGAGGAAAAUCUAUGCGAAGAUUUAUUUUUGUGCAAGAGGAAGAAGCUGAAGAGGUUUUGGUCGUGCAGGAGUAAUGAAAACGUAGGCAUAAACCUAUCAUCGGAAGAAAAGGCACAUUUAAUUAGAAACCUAAUCAUCUUUGAUUACUCGGAUGACUACCAUUGUUAUGUAAAAUAUUACGACAUGUUACUGCACUUUAUUAAAAGCCAAAAGGAGAAGUAUUCUGAGAGGCACCAUAUUAUCGAUUUGAAGAAUAUGUUUUUAAGGCACCUACUGCCAAACAUUUUAAGGGGGACGUUUUCAUUUAUUCCGAAGGUUAGAUACACUUGCACGCAGCUUUUUCAGAAGUAUUUUCUCUCCAACGAUCUGUUUGAGUCCAUUUGUUUUUUGUUCAAGAACGAUUAUUUUAAGCAUAUCAUUGAUAAGUAUUUUGUGUGCCUAUUUUUGAAUGUGUUGUUUUCGUUCUUUAAGCACAACGCGGAUACGUACGUGUACUUGAAGGAGAGAACGCCGGGCUUGGUGCCCUUUCCGUGCAGGCGCAAGGGCAAGCGUAGGCGGAAACGCGCGAAGGGGGGAGGGGUUACCAAGGAAGCGGUUAUUGAAGGAGCGGUUAAUGUAAACAGGAUUAGUGCAAACCCGAUCAAUGCAAACUCAGCGAGGCAGACUUGUUCUGACGAAACGAAGAAAAAAAAGAAGCAUUUCAAGGCAAAGGGGGCGUGCGCGGCCACCAACCUGGAAAAUUACAACAGCGAUUUCGUCACGUGGAAGCGGUACUUAACCAAGUAUUGCUGCGAACAGCAAAGCUUCGUGAACAAGUGCCAAGAAAAGUUUAUCAAAGCCAAGUAUUUAUUUAAACCAAUUCUCAUGUUGGCAAAUAUUUUUAAGGAAUAUUGCCGAUCGGUGUGGAUAGAUUUGUUUGCCCAAUUGUUCAAUUUUUUCAGCAGCGAGCAAAUUAAUGAAUUAAAUUUUUGCAUCGUUCAUUUUUUGUACAAUUAUAUUAGCUUCGUUGAGGCAUCUUCUAAUAAUUAUAAGAUGUGCGCGUCGAGCGAGGGGAAUGAGAAAGGCGCUUCUACUUUGAACACCAGUUGGAGGAAAAACAAAGCUUUUCAAAAUAAUGUGUAUGGAAAUGACUACAACGUGAAUGUGCUAGAAACUACCUUAACGUGCAUAUUUAAGGCCCGCGUUAUGCUGUACGUCCCCACGGAAAUUAUUUUAUACUGCGCGAAGAACUUUUGCACGUAUGAAAUUUCGAAAUGUAUGCUACAAAUGUUGCUGUUUUAUAAUUUGAGGAAAAUGAAGAGGUUGGGCCGGGGGGGCGAAGUGGAAAAUGCGGCCCCUAUUGGGAAGCAGGCAACGGGUGCGAUGGAAGCGGCUGGUGUGACAGGUGCGAUAGGUGCGACAGGUGCGGCAGGUGUGACAGCUGCGGCAGAUGUAACUGCUGCUUCCGGUGAGAACAAAAUCGCCGCGCAGAAACCAAGCAGGAGUAAAAAUAAGAAGCAAAGCGAAGGUGCAACUGCGAAUAAGGGGGGAGCCCCAAGUGACCGAAUGCAGAACAGAUUGGCCAUUGCCGCUAAGGAGGAGGACCCCGUUAGCGCAAUGAAAAAAAGCUACAACAGCUAUAAGCAAAUCAUCAACUGUUUAAUCGAAAUAAAUAGCGACUUGAAUGAGCGUGACAAUGUGUACGCCCUGAGGACGUAUUACGUGAGGAACUUUGAAUUUUCCAAGUCUCUCUUUUUUAACCAUUACAAUUUGUACUACAAAAAUGAACAUUCCUAUUUGAAGCAUUUUAUGAGCUAUGAGAGUUUGAACUUAACAAAGGAAGAAGUAGAUAUCAACAGAGUGAAUUGGAUUGACAGCUUGAAAUAUUUUAGUAAAGUAUCUUGCAUAGAGAGCUACAUGAAAUUAAUGCAGGUGAAGGAGGGACUGAAAAAGAAUGGGGACUCCAGGACAUCCCAGUUGAGCACCGGCCUACUCCUAUCAGAGGAAAGAAAAGAAGAUCCAAUUGUGCUCAGUUGCAACUACCAAACGGUGAGGAGUAACUACCUAACGAAUUUGAAUAAUGUGUAUUGCAUAAUAAAGGACAAUUUGAAGUGUAUUCACGUGCAGGAUAGCGUGGGGAGGAUGAGCGCGGAAAGCAGCAGUGAAGUUAAAGGUGCUGGGCUGCACCCGGUGUGCGAAAUGGGAGAAGCCCUCAAGGGAGAGUCCAAAAAGGGAGAAGGUGGGGGAAGUGCCAAUAGUUGCGAUAACGGCAGUGGAGCAGUCGCAAGUACGAAGAACGAUAUGGCGCUUCUAAAAAAAAACAGUGCGAACUCGAGAAAAUCGCGAAGAAGCAGAACGAACAGCUUAAUUAGCUUAAAGUUUAACAAAUCGGAGGACGGGAAAAUACAAACUACCAUUCAUGAUUACUUUAAGAGCAACAAAAAAACGUCAUCGGAGAACCAGGAAGGGGGAGCGCACACUGAAGGGCAUAACAAGGAGGGAGAGGAUGCGGCCAAGCAGACGAGUGAGAAGUGCCCGAAUGGCGAGGGGAGCGCGCACGACAGCAAUAGCAACAGCAAUAGCAAUAGCAACAGCAGGCGCAGUAGCAGGCGCGACAGCGUAAGUGAUAGCAGACUGAAUAGCAUUACCAGUGGGAGUAACAAGUGUGGCGAGGGCACCGACCCUAAUGGCGCCCACAGCAGCAGUGAGAAUAUUAGAAGUGGUAACUACAGCGGUGGCGGCGAUGGCGGCGGUUGCGGCAGCAUUGCCGAUUUGCUGAAAGGGUCAAGCAGCUGCGGGGAGGGGGACCACAUGAAGAGCAUCGUGCAUUCCUACUUGGAAAAAAUAAUCUACAAGUUGCAGGAAAAUAGCGACACAAUUAGUAGUGUAUUCCUUUUGAAAAAGUUUAAAUUCGAUUUGAAGAGCAAACACAUAAGAACAGUAAAAGAAAACAUAGACGAUGGGAUGAAUCUGCUAAUUAACAGAGUGAGGCAAAUGUGCAAUUAUAGGAACAACAAUUUGAGCCUUCUAUUUGCCCACGCGGAACUGUUUGAACAUGCGCAAACGAGCAUAGAAAUAAUAGGGGAAAACUCGCUAAAAAAAAAGCAAGCACAGAAGGAAGAAAAUGAAUUGCAGCUAAUAUGCCUUUUGCAUAAUUUGUUUACCAUGUGCAAUAAGGAUAGUUCUAUGUACGUGUAUGAUGACAUUCACAAUAUGAAGUAUGCCUAUCGGUGGAAGCUACUUUUUUUAAAAAUCUGUAAAAUUUUUAUGGACAAAUGUGGGUUGUCCCCCUUUUCGAACGUGGGUUGCACCGAAAAGUUGAGUGAGAAGUGCAAGAACUAUCACUUAUUAAAUUUGAUGAAGAAGAUGAGGGAGAUGAACAAUAUGUCGUACAAUUAUUUUGAUAAGCUGUACGAUAAUUUUGUGCACAAGGGUGGUAGCAACGGAAAUAGCACCAACGGUAGUAGCAGUGGAAAUAGUACUAUCAACCAUGGUAGUAAUAUCGGAGGCAGAGUGCUCGAUGCUAAGUGCAGCUACAUGUAUAACAUGGAAAUUAUAAAAAUGAAUUUGAAGAAAUUAAUCAACAUUAACAUCUCAAAUAAUGGCUACAAUAUAACGCACAACAUGCUGGAAAAGUACAGCAGCAUCGUUUGUGAUGAAACCGAAUUGUGCAAAAAGAAAAAUUACUGUAAGAGGGAAAAAAGGACAAACAUCUCCCAUGAGGAUAAUUACCUAUACAUUAGAAAUAUGGAAUACGAAUAUUUCAAUAUAUGUAUUAAUUUGCGAAAAUUGGGGAAGAACACAUUUCUUCAUAAAGUUGUAAAAAAAUUGAAGUGCUACAUUAACUCACUUAAUCUUAUUAACACAUUUGACUUUGACUCCGUUCCAAUGGUCAGCUACGAAAAGUUUCGCAGUGAGUUCUUCUACAUGAAGGGAAAGAUUCUGUGCAACUUGAAUAAAAUUAUUUUAUUUUUGUAUAGAAAUAAUUUUAUUGAGAAGAAUUCCAAGCUGAACUGUGACAGGUGUAGGUACAUGUGCCAGGACAUCUCAAGGGAGGAUGAAGCGGGUUAUGCGCAGAUUAGCACUGACAUAGUUUUGCAGGCACUGGGGAGCCCUCAGAGGACGGACGAGGAAAAAAGCCUGAACAUUUUGAGCGCACUUGCUACUAACAAUGAUGGCUGCAGCCCGAGUGAUAAGGGAGAUAACAAGAAAAACAAGAAGAGAAAAAAAGGCACAAAUGCUGCCAACGAAACGUUGCACCUUUUGCAGGAAGAAUUAUUCCACAGUAGCAUUGCUGAGGAAAAGAAGGAAGAACCCGCGGAUGAUAAAACUGUGAAAAGGAAGAAAAGAAGUAAAGUCAUCAAAGCAGCUAGCGAAACGGCAGAAGAUAGUGAGAAAAAGAGCGUACAAACGAACGGACAAAGUCCUUUGCAUGAGAAGGAGAUAGAUAGCCAGAUCGAAGGGAGCGACUGUAGAGAAUCCAAUAAGGAGGAGAAAAAAAUAGCAAAAAAGGGAGAGAAAAAAAGGCAACAUGCGAAAAAUAACGGAGAGUACACCUGCAAAUGUGACCAUAAAAAGUGUAACCUAUUCGAUGGAAAUUUAAUUGAGGAGUGCUUUCUCUCCUCCCUGAAGAUAUACCCACUGGAAAAUAAUUCCUGGGCACUCUGGGCCGACUACUGCAAGAAAGCUUUUAAGGAGAACAAAAAUGUAUCAUUCUGUUUAAGCUCCAUUAUUUCCUAUUUGAUCUACUCCAGCUUGAAUACCCACGAGGGGUUCUACCACCUGAGCAACGUCCUCUAUUUGGUAAGCGCAGAUGUGAAGGAUAAUUCGGUCAUGCAAGUUUUUAACAAAUACAAUGAUAAUAUAUGCCCCAAUUUGUGGCUGUUCUAUCUGCCCUUCUUAAUGAAUAAUAUAAAUGUUUAUAAGGAGAAUUAUUUGUAUUUUCACAAAAUUCUGCAUGUCCUUAUGCGGAAGUAUCCUCAAGAUGUGUUUUACCAUUUCAGAGCCUUGCAAAUUGAGAGAAACGAUAAGCUGUACUACCUGCAGGGGAGUAGGAACAAGAAAAAAGGCAUGGGUGGAAAUUCCUCUUUAAUGAAAAGUAACGUACAUAUAGUGAAAGAUCCCCAUGGGGGAAGUGACAAUAAGAAAAAGUUCCAAAUGGAGGAUGUAAUACUUUUCGGUGAUGACGCGAAGCAGAGUGAGGGGCAGAACGUAAGAGCGUAUGCUUCAAAGGGGGGCAGUGGCAACGUAGUUGGUGAGAGUGGAAGCGGCAAGUUGUGCACGUUGGGUGGAGCCGACGCUGGGGGGGACACCCCCACUGGGAAACGCACUGGGAACGGAAGUGAUAAUCGAAAUGCCAAUCAAAGUGAUAAUCGAAAUACCAAGCAAAGUGAUAACCGAAGUGACGCGCGCAAAGUGAGGACGCGCGGGAAGAACCCCAAGGGGGCCAAGCAAAGGGGCGAAAGGGGGGCUUCCCCUGCUGCCGCAAAUCCGCCCGUCGCGGAAAAGCCAAAAGGGUACCAUUACGCAGACCUAUUUAGGGACGGCUUUGACCAGUUGAUGAACGUGUUUAAGAGCAAACAUGGGGAUGUAUAUUUCGCGCUUAACUGCAUGUGCAAUGAAAUUUUAAAUUACACCCGAUUGCAACCACAUGAGGAGACGUACUACAUGGUGGGGAAGCUGCUAGAUCGGUGCCUGGAAUUCCCCUACGCACAAACGCACGUGUCGAAGUUUAUUCAGAACAUGACAGAGAAGUAUACGCUGUAUAGGCGAUAUAAAGCAAAAGUGAAGAAAAAUUACGCAAGUAGCCGAAGCAGCAAAAUGGCUAUUAAAAAUAUGAAUCUCUUUUGGAAGGAAUUUAAGAAGGAUGUAAAAUUGCUAAAGAGAAAUGUACGUAUGAGGAGAGGAACCAUGAACAGCGCAGGUAUUAAGAAGGGGAACAUCAAAUCGUGUGUGAUGAGCAGCUUCGUAGGAGAACAAAACAGAGGCGACGUGGCAACUCCCCAUGGUGGUGAACUGAGUAAGAACCGUCGAAAGGAUAACUACUUCUCUUUAGAAGAAUUUCCCCAAAUUGCGAAAAAAUGGAAAGAUAUACUCUUCGUAAUUAUUCAUUCGUUAAAUGAAAAUCAGGGGCUCGAUUAUUUCUCCCACUUUUUGUUUGAUAUGUUUUCCAAUUUUCCCGUAAAAAUAGAGUUGCCAGGUCGUAGGGUAAAAUACAUAGGGGAGCAUUUAAACUACCUGAACGAUUUAAACUUAUAUUGCCCUACGAGCAUUGUCAAGCUGAACAAGCCCCUAACACCCACCGCUUUAAGUAACAACUGCAUGAAGAGGAUUAGCUUCCUCAGCAGCGAUGGAAAUAUUCAGCACUACACCGUACAGCCUUGUAAUUCCAUUCGCAGCAAAUCAGAACAUAAGUUUACGCUGUUACAAAUUUUGAUGAAUAACACGAUGUUUAAGUUUUCCCAAACGAAGAAGAGGGGGCUAUCCUUUGGGAUAAAUAUUCAUACCCCCCUGCACCCCAGUUUUAGAUUAAAGGAUGAAACGUUUGAGGACAUUUCGCUGAAGGAGCUGUACAAUGAUUACACGCUGGUGACGAGGAAUGAAAAUUAUUCGCUAGAUAAUGUACUACUACAUCAUAGAAAUAUUGUCAAAAAUUCAAUACGCACAUUUUUGCUGAACAAAAUCGAAUGCGUGAUGAAGGAGCAGGAGCAGGAGCUAGCCAUGACGGAAAGGAACAAAAGGAAGAACAGUUUACCCGAUAAAAGGAACGAAAAAAAAGGAGCCAUUCUUUUGAAGAAAGCCAAGAGUGAAGAAAUUCCCAGAAUAAGAGCCGCAGGAAGUGUGGUAAAAAAUACCAUCCUGAAAAAGAACUCUUGUGAUGCUUUCGUGAAUGCAAAAAAAAGUGCCAGUAACUCCAGUUUUGGUAACACGCUUAGAAAGGUCGAAGAAACGUCCUGCAGAACGCAGAUGGAUUAUUACACUUCCCUAUCGUACGAAGAACUAAUCCAUACGUUUAGAACCAAGGAAUGGUUCAGGAAGUCCUUCAAAAAAUGCGUGAGGAAAAUUGUAAAAUUACACUACAGAGAUAUCUGCAAAAUGGUGCCGAGAAAUAUAUUGAAGAAUUACUUCUACUCCCUGCACAACAGUUUAGAAAGUUACUACGUUAUGAAUAGCCAGUUUGUUAAGAGCUACUCUCUCACGUGCAUGUUGAAUUACGUUUUUUUUCAACAAAACUCAUCGCUAGAUAGCAUUCUGUUGUCCAAGCGCUCAGGAAGAACUAUGUAUUUGGAGGGGAAACCCUCCUAUAUGGAUGUGCCCAAAUAUUAUCCUAACAAAAAGGAGAUGCAGAAGAGGGGGGUGCCCUUCAGACUUACCCGUAACAUUCAACAGCUUAUUGGGUUCCAAGGCCUGCGGGGAUCCUUCCCAUCCAAUUUUUACGUAUCAAUAAUGGCUCUAAAAAAAAACAUGAACUAUUUAAGAGACUUUUUAAAUCUUACCACUUUGGAUGAUUUUUAUUCCCUGUACGUUUAUGGGGAAAAUAGAAAAAUUCUGCAAAAGAAAGCGAAGAGUUUGAAUGACGAGAAGGUUAAGAAUGCUUACGUGAAAUCCUUUCAUGUGGACGAUGCGACAAAAAAAAUGAUCGUAAAGGAUGCGGAAGAGCAUGUAAGGAACGUAUGCUACCGAGUUUGCUGCUUAUAUAAAAACAGGUUAAAUAGGAGGAAGAACGGUUCUCUUGCAAACGCGGAGGAGUGCAAAAGGGAGAGCGACGUUGUUAAGCCAUUUGAGUACUACUCCGAUUUGCAGGACAUCUCCUUAUCCGAAUUGUCCUCGGAGGACGACCAUGAGCGUGCGAACAAUAAUGAGGAUAAGAACGCACAGAAUGCGAAAAGGGCUAAUGCGAAAAGGGCUAAUGCGAAAAGGGCUAAUGCGAAAAGGAAAAGAAGCGAAAAAAGUGAAAGAGGCGAAGCGCAGUCCAAGCUGCUGAAGGGAGAGGGUAGCAGCAAAAUGUGUAAGAGUAGGAGAAGUCCUGUGAAGAAGGAACCAACGGAGGGGGACAAAAACGUGUGCGAUAGGGGGGAUCCCCUACCCAGUGGAGCGAACAUCCCGAAUGGGAAUUCGCCCAACAAGGGGGGCAGCGCGGUGGGGGAGGAGGCGAAGCACAUUGGGGACAAUGAAAGAAGUGGCCAUAACGAGAGUAAUGCGGGUAAUGCGGAUAGCUUGAGCAAUGCGAAUAACGUGAGUAACCCCACUAAUACGAACAACGGCGCUGCCCCCAGCAACGACAACAGCAAUAAGAAAAGGCGAAGGAGCAAGAAGAACCCAAGUGGGGAUCCAAAGGAAGAACAAUCGGAGCCGAACCGGGCGCAAUCGCCGAUGGAGCAAAAAACAGGGGAGGAAAACGCCACCAAUAAACAGAGCAAGAAAAAUAAAACGAGUACUUUUAAAGGUAAGGAUAACAAAGCACAGGAUGGAGAUGGGGAAAAUGUUACGAAAAGUGGGCCCUUCGAUAAGGGGCGAGACCAAAAUGCGGAGUCAAAAUGCGCUGCAAACAAUUUGCAGAAGGAACAAAAUGCAAAGCUUAGGGAAAACGGGGAUACACACAUGGAUGAAUCACACAAUUCUGUGAUAGAUUUAAUGGAAAUCUCUAUGAGUAAGAAGUAUUUAAAAACGGCGAAUGGCCCCUGGUUUCCUUGGUUCUGA